AUGGCGGGCGUGUUCGAGGGGCUGGCGGAUAUCUACGCCGAGACGAGGCCGAAGUACCCAAGGGAGUGGUUCGUCCGACUCGCCUCCCUCACCCCACACCACAGCGUCGCGUGGGACGCCGCCACCGGCAAUGGCCAGGCCGCCGUCCCCGUAAGUUCCCUUUCUCCCCCCUUCACCGUGUUCUCCUCACACCACUCCUCAUACAUCCAUCUGCUUGGUGUCGACGGCGGAACAGCUGGCCGACCACUACGACCGAGUCGUCGCUACAGACAUGAGCGAGGGACAGUUGAAGCACGCCGUGCCGCACCCCAAGGUCCGGUACGUCCACACCCCCACCUGCAUGCCGGAGGACGACCUUGUGGCCCUACUGGGUGGGGAGGGCUCCGUUGAUCUGGUCACCGUCGCCACGGCCGUCCACUGGUUCGACCACGAGAAGUUCUAUUCCGUGGUGCAGCGAGUCCUCAGGAAGCCUGGCGGCGUGGUCGCCGUUUGGGGCUACCGGGAAGUGCGCGUCUGUCCCUCCUUCGACGCCGUAAUACAGAGAUUCAUCGCCUCGGCUCUUCCUUUCUGGCACCCCAGCAUCCUCUACAUCUUCGAGGAGUACAGGAACCUCCCUUUCCCCUUCGACGGCGUCGGCCUGGGCGCGGAAGGCGCGUCGGUGACCCUCGAGAUAAAGACGAACGCCUCUUUUGAGGGGAUUCUCCGGCUGGUGCGGACCUGGUCCGUCGUGGACACAGCCAAGGCGCAAGGGGUCGACUUGUUGCCGGCGGAGGUGGUGGAGGACCUGGAGAAUGCUUGGGGCGGACGGUCCCUCAUCAGGGAGGUGACUUUCCCGUCCUUCAUGAUCGCCGGCAAGCCCAGAGCGACGGUGACCCUCUGA